CUCAACUCACUAGGCAGUUACCUUAGCCAGUGUUAAUAUUACUUCGUCUUCUGGUGUUCUUGCUUACCAUCCAGCCGGUGUCUUAUUAGCAGUCCAGGUACCACGAAACCUGAAUGCUGCUCCACGAGAGGAAAUGGAGGCACAGAGUGAAAAUGUGGCGGAAAUUUGGCGAGGUGGUGAAUAUCGCAGGCUUGAAGAGUGAAGACAUGGUCACUACUGCCGAAUCAGAAAGAAAGGAGGUGGCCUCUACCGCCGAAUCAGAGAGCAAGGACGUGGCCUCUACCGCCGAAUCAGAGAGCAAGGACGUGGCCUCUACCGCCGAAUCAGACAACGAAAACUUAGAUACAACAGACCGAUCAGUAAUUGAUGAAUUAUUAGUAACUGGUGAAUUAUUGGCCACUUCCGUACAAGUGAGAGAGAUGAGGAAAGUAUUAAGUGAUGAAUUACCAGCGGGUCAAGUGUUACCGUCACUAAAGGAAGUGACAUCUAGACAAUCCAUCCAGUCAGUGGAGAAUGACUCAGCUCUGGAAGAAAUGAACUGGCUGGAGCAGUGCUGUCAGUAUCAUCGCUUAGUAGAAGCAAUAUAUUCAGCAGGGAAAAAUAAUAAUAUAGAAAACGAAAAGAAGGUGGAGAAGUUGCUAUAUUCCGGGGCACCCUUAGUAUCUCCUGGGUCGAUCUAUAACAGUCCACUUCACUUGGCCAUCACCUACAACUUACUGAACAUCUUGAGGCGCCUUCUGGAUAAUGGCGCUUCCCUGACAGCCAAGCACUUCGGCCUGGUUCCCUUCCAGGUAGCCUGGCGAGCCACAGGGGUCACUAGUGAAGUGAGCAAUUGCAUUACGAGGGUGGUAGAGGAUAAACUCAUUAAUGAGAAACGUCUAUUUACAACUGACCCAGUGGAUUCUUGUCUGAAGAAAGGUAUUCCCCGCAUAUUAAGAGAGAUUCAAGGAAAAACACCGUGGCGAGCCAAGUUUUAUUAUACAGAAGAGAACUUCACUCUGCCGCAGCUACUUGUGAGAGCGUGUGCAGUAGGUGCCACCAUGACUGCAUGGUUUGUGUUGCAGGCAGGCGGCAGCACCAACACUAAGGACAGUAGCGGCACCACAGCCCUUCAUGCCGCCGUGCAAGCAGGAAAAUUCGACACUGCACGUGCGCUUGUCAACGACAUGAAAGCAAACCUUUUUCUGGCUGAUGAUGCAGGUCGACGGCCCAUCGACAUCCUCCCACCGCUGGAAAGACAACUUCUAAUGCAGAACUGUGUAGCGAGAGAAUAUCGUUGUUUGGACAACCUGCAGAUGAAGAUGAAAAAUAAAUCUCAGCAAGAAGACUUAAGGAACUUAAUUUUACUGUUUAUUGUUCUCUUCCUUAUACAUGAAGCAAAGGACCCAAAGUUACUCUGGAAACCCAUAUUCAGUUGUCUGGUAAAUGAUUCAAGACCUUAUGUUUCUUCAUCAAAUCAUCAUGACUGGCUUGACAAUGUGGCCCGUAAAUUAGAUACUUCAUAUAGGCGAUCCUAUUAUGAAGACAUAUUCGUAGGAUUUGUUGAUGUUUUGAAGAAAUUCUUUCAGUCUACAAAGAUCGAAAGGUUCAGUGAUCAAUCUUUUGAUCACAUUGACAGUUUAACUAGAAAAGCUCUUAUCUUGUGCAGUGAAGAAAACUUUCCUGUUUUCAUGCAUCUCAUAGCGAGUGUCGCAUAUGUGGACGGCAACAGUGCAGUUAAUUGUGUGUGUCAGACGAAGCCGCUGCAUCACGCUGCAGCAAGGAACAACAUGUCUGCCGUAACCUACCUUCUCAGCUUGGGAGCAUCUUGCACUGUCAAGGACAAGUGUGGCAAUACUCCAGCACACUAUGCCUACAUGAUGGGCCACCGAACAAUGGGGGAAUUCCUAAACGUACAAGAGGUUCAGAAGGAAAAGAAUAUCAUGGGUCGCUCUCCUGAAUCUGUUUGGGAAGAUUUCAAAACCUACAUGAGCCAGUAUAAGUUAAAUAUUGAGAAAUGUCAUACAAACAAGUUACAAGAGCAAAACACGGAGGAAAUGUUAAUAAAACUUCACCUUGAACACCUCAAAGAAAUAUGGCAAAGCAAAGGAAUACGUGAAACAGUGAAAGAAGCUCACGUAAACUUUACAGAGGGAGAAACUAGGGAGGUUAAACAAGCCGUUCAGCAGCUGUUGACGGAGAUCCACAAUGAAGUAGUUAAGAGAAAUACGUUGUUCGAAGGUGAACUACAAGUACUUGGCAGCUCCUCAGACAAUGUUCGUCUUUACUGUCCAGACGAAUAUGAUGUAAACAUUACACUGAAGAGAAUAAGUUGUCUUUCUGAUGGAGAUUUUUCUUUAAAACUAGAAGACUCAAGUGAGAAAUAUUCUUUAAGAAAUAUCAUUGUAUCUGCCAAUAACGAGGGUAAGAAAUACCUGAUUCACAGUUCAUAUAUACAAGACACAUUUUAUAAUGAGGUAAAACAAUGUCUCAUUAAUAUGAAUUUUGAGAAUAAACAACUUGCCCCCGUCUUACCGGGUUUGAAGAAAACACAGGUAGGUGUUGGUUUAAGUUUAACGUGGUCAGGCAGGCAAUACCCACUUUUGUUGGUGGAUAUCGACAUUGUUCUCACUAUACGAGCAAAGUGGCCAGAUAAUCUCUCAAAACCAAAGCUCUUAAGCCCAAAUAUCAACAAUGUGUUUCUCAACUCAAUUGGAGAGAAUGAAUGGAGAUUUUCUUUCGCUAUUGCUGAGAAUCAUAUCAUGAAAACGCUGCCAGAGGACCAUCGCCUGGUAUUUCUGGCCUGCAAAAUGGUGUUGGCUUCCCUCAAGGUGGAAGGCUGGGUACCACGACAGAUAAAAAAACAGUUUACUUACUGGGAUGCUAGACAAUUCCGUAUUAAGCCUCCUGGGGGGUUUUCACUCAAAAAUGCAUUUUUCCUGGAACUGGAAGAAACAAUAAAGAACCUUAGUUGGAGAAAAAAAACUCUGCUGGAAAAGAUCCAGUCCGUGUUCCAGCGGAUGUGUAUACAAGAUAACAAUACGGUUCGUGAUGGUCGUAUAGCAGCAUAUUUUGGAGGUGAUACAGAGAAGUCUCCACUUUGUUCUGGAGCUGCUGUGAUAUAUUCUUUCCUCGAAACCUUCAAAGAAAUUUCUAAAAACAAUAAAGAAUCGAUAAAAUAUGAAAUUUAAGGCGAAGAAAUGUGCUUCUCUUAACUACCAUUCUAUAGUUCGUAGAAUUAAAGUUUUGACAUUUUGUAAGAGAGAAUAUGAUGAUUUAUUACAGAAAUUUAUUUCAACUUAUUUGUAUCUAUUAAGUUCUUCUAAAAAAUUUAAUAUUAAUAAACAUAUUUCAUUAAAA